AUGGGACCUCUGCAGGGAGAGGGCAGACUGGCCCUUGGGGAGACCAAUGUGGCUCCAAGGCGGAGUUCAGUCGGGAUCUGGUCUCUGCCUCAGCCCUACAAGGAGCCUGUCCUACAGGACAUGGGGUUGCCACUGCCCAAGAAGACGGGCCUCAUUCUCUGCCUGUGGAGAAAGUUCUGCAGAUGGUUCCAGAGACAGGAGUCCUGGGCUCAGAGCCGAGAUGAGCAGAACCUGCUGCAGCAGAAGAGGAUCUUGGAGUGUCCUUUCCUUCUAGCUGCCAAAGAGAAUGAUGUCCAGACUCUCAACAAGCUGCUCAAGUAUCAGGCCUGUGAGGUGCACCAAAGAGGAGCCAUGGGAGAGACAGCGCUGCACAUAGCGGCCCUCUAUGACAACCUGGAGGCCGCCAUGGUGCUGAUGGAGGCUGCCCCAGAACUGGUCUUGGAGCCCAUGACAUCUGAGCUGUAUGAGGGUCAGACUGCACUGCACGUGGCCAUCAUGAACCAGAAUGUGAACUUGGUACGAGCCCUGCUCGCCCAUGGGGCCAGCGUCUCUGCCAGAGCUAUAGGCACAGCUUUCCACCUCAGCCCCCACAACCAUAUCUACUUUGGGGAGCACCCUUUGUCCUUUGCUGCCUGCGUGGGCAGUGAGGAGAUCGUGCGUCUGCUGAUUGAACAUGGAGCUAACAUCCGGGCCCAGGACUCUCUGGGAAACACAGUGUUGCACAUCCUCGUCUUCCAGCCCAACAAGAACUUUGCCUGCCAGAUGUACAACCUGCUGCUGUCCUAUGACAGGCGUGGGGACCACCUGCAGUCCCUGGACCUUGUGCCCAAUCACCAGGGUCUUACCCCCUUCAAGCUGGCUGGAGUGGAGGGCAACACUGUGAUGUUCAAUCAUCUCAUGCAGAAGUGGAAGCACAGCCAGGGGACAUUUGGGUUGACAACCUAUACCCUCUAUGAUCUCACAGAGAUCGAUUCCUCGGGAGAUGAGCCAUCACUGCUGGAACUUAUUGUCACCACCAAGAAGCGGGAGGCUCGCCAGAUCCUGGACCAGACACCAGUGAAGGAGCUGGUGAGCCUCAAAUGGAAGAGAUACGGGCGGCCCUACUUUUGCCUGCUGGGUGCCUUGUAUGUGCUCUACAUCAUCUGCUUCACUGUGUGCUGCAUCUACCGCCCCCUGAAGCCCAGGACUGAUAACCGCACACAGCCCAGGGACAACACCCUCCUGCAGCAGAAGCUCCUUCAGGAGGCCUAUGUGACCCCCGAGGAUGCUAUCCGACUGGUAGGGGAACUGAUAACUGUCAUUGGAGCUGUGUUCAUCCUGAUUGUAGAGAUUCCAGACAUCUUCAGGGUGGGAGUCACUCAAUUCUUUGGACAUACCAUCCUUGGAGGGCCAUUCCAUGUCCUCAUCAUCACCUAUGCCUGCAUGGUGCUGGUCACCAUGGUGAUGAGGCUCACCAACACCAGUGGGGAGGUGGUCCCCAUGUCCUUCGCCCUGGUGCUGGGGUGGUGCAAUGUCAUGUACUUCGCCCGAGGAUUCCAGAUGCUGGGCCCCUUCACCAUCAUGAUCCAGAAGAUGAUUUUUGGGGACUUGAUGAGAUUCUGCUGGCUGAUGGCUGUGGUCAUCCUGGGCUUUACCUCAGCCUUCUAUAUCAUCUUCCAGACAGAGAACCCCGAUGAGCUGGGCCAUUUCUACAAUUACCCCAUGGCACUGUUCAGCACCUUUGAGAUGUUCCUCACCAUCAUUGAUGGCCCUGCCAACUAUGACGUGGAUCUGCCCUUCAUGUACAGCAUCACGUACGCUGCCUUCGGAAUCAUUGCAACACUGCUCAUGCUCAACCUCCUUAUUGCCAUGAUGGGCGACACUCACUGGAGGGUGGCUCAUGAGAGGGAUGAGCUCUGGAGAGCUCAGGUUGUGGCCACCACAGUGAUGCUGGAGCGGAAGUUGCCUCGCUGCCUAUGGCCUCGCUCCGGGAUCUUUGGGGGAGAUUAUGGGCUGGGGGACCGCUGGUUCCUCAGGGUGGAAGACAAGCAGGACUUCUACCAGCAACGAGUCCGGCACUAUGCACGGGCCUUCUACAACCGGGGAUCCGAUGACUUGGACAAAGAUUCAGAAAAACUCCCACAUCGCCCCUCUGGCCCCAACUUGUCCCUUCCUACCCCCUCGGUGUCUCGGAGCACUUCCCGCAGCAGCACCAACUGGGAGAAACUUCGACAGGGGAUCCUGAAGACAGAAUUGACGGGGGCGGUCAACAGGGGUCUGGAAGAGGAGGGCUUGGAGUAUCAGAUCUGA